CGCGUACCUUUUCCGUGUAACUGCGCUCAUACCUCCAAACGGCCCAAACAAUUCUUCUCUUCGCUCCUUUCGGUCGUAUUGAAACGUUCAUUGUCGUUCGCUACCUUUUCAGAUUCCCUGGACACACGAGUCGCUCCUUCCCCAUCGACCCUUGAGCCGUGACGGGUCAAUGUCCUGACCUCUAUUCGCCGAAACUCUUUCUCACAUGGCCGCGAAGCCAUACAGGGAUCACAUCCAAAGGACGUCGUCUUCUGCUGCACCCUCGACUCCGACCGAGAACAAGUCGACAGUCAUCAAUCCUCGUCGCAAAUUCAGGCGUCGAGGGACUGGUUCAACUGCGAGCUCGGACGAUGAGGCAGUCUCCUACAUGUCGGAAUCAGAAGAACACGAACUAGACGCACUCGACUCGGACGUCGACCUGGAAGACGAUGAAGAGGCCGGGUUGAACAAACAUGAACGACAAAAGUAUAUGAAGAGGAAGAGACAACGUGAUGGAUUGGACGCUCGCAUCGCAGGGACCGCCAGGGGCUCCAAAGAUGAAGCCAAAGAAGCCGACAAGAGUGUCCUUCAUCGAUUACUAGUGAAUGCCAGUCUGAUUGGACUAUGGUAUAUAUUUUCUCUGUCAAUAUCCAUUUACAACAAGAUGAUGUUCUCCUCUGACCACAUCGACUUCCCUUUCCCACUGUUUGCAACAUCUCUCCACAUGCUGGUCCAGUUCAGUCUGGCCUCGAUCGUUCUUCUCAUAUUUCCUCAUCUACGACCUACUCAACCCCAGCCGUCUACGUACCGAGGCGAAUCGCAUUCUUCGAAAAGGCUGGUCACGCCGUUGUUCUAUUUUACUCGACUGGUUCCAACAGGGACAACCACAUCCCUCGACAUUGGCUUGGGAAAUACAUCCCUUCGAUACAUCACCCUUACAUUCUACACCAUGUGUAAAUCCUCGGUCUUGAUCUUCGUCCUCGCAUUCGCUUUCAUCUUCCGACUCGAGAAACUCUCGCUCAAAUUGAUCUUGAUCAUCCUCACCAUGACGAUCGGCGUUCUUAUGAUGGUCGCAGGCGAGACAUCAUUCCACGCACUGGGCUUUGCGCUGGCAAUAUCUGCGUCUUUCUUCUCCGGCUUUCGGUGGGGGCUGACUCAGAUCCUUCUUCUGCGACACCCGGCAACCUCGAACCCCUUUGCGACGCUUUUCUUUCUGUCGCCAAUUAUGUUUGUCACAUUGAUGACCAUUGCUUGCAUUUCCGAGACACCAGCUGCGGUCGUCACGGGGAUCGAGAUGUUGAUCAGCUCGCAAGGCCUUCUGAAGGCAUUGCUUCUGCUCUUCAUUCCUGGGUGUCUGGCGUUCUGCAUGAUUGCAAGCGAGUUCACCUUGUUACAACGGACUAGUGUCGUCACGCUCAGCAUCUGUGGCAUUUUCAAAGAAGUGGUCACCAUCAGUGCGGCGGGCAUAGUGUUCCACGACGAGCUGUCCAUGGUAAACAUCAGUGGAUUGCUGGUCACAAUAUGCAGUAUCGCCAGCUACAACUAUAUGAAGAUCAUGAAGAUGCGACAGGAGGCGCGUGAUAAGCUCAAGAAGAAGGAUGAGGACGACGAUGAAGUCAUUCAAUUUGAUGACGACGCUGUCGACGGAGCACCGACCAGUCUGGUCAAUCCUGAAGGCAGAAGUGAAGAUUUGCUACCACUCAUGCAUGACCGGGGCCCCGAGGUGAAAGACCGAACUGGCGGUUUGGGAACUAGCUCUUCUUCAUAA